CCCCUCCCGCCCCCAUCUCGGAAUUUCGGGUGCCUCGGAGGGCUGGCGCGCGUCAAAGCCCGAACUGGGAGUCUGAUUUGUGGCGCAUCACCCACAGCUCCUCUCCCCGCAACCCCUCCUCCGCCCCCGGCCGCAGCCCAGGGCUACAGCCGAGCAGGGGGAGGGGGGAAAGCUUCCUCCAGCCCGCCCCAGCGGGUGCAGAUUCAAUUGCACCUUUUAUUACUUUAACUCUUCUCCCUAGGACACGCGGCCCCCGAUCGGUCCCUCCGGCAGUCGCAGUUACCGCUCCCGAGGGCGGAGAUGGGACAGCAAGGGACCUGUCCGCGGCGGGCCGGCGAGUGCGGGGACUUGCGGCCGCCCAGCCUGCGGCCGGGAGUCUGACCGGUCUCGAGGGAAGGAGAGGCAGGUCGCAGACAGGUGCCUAGGCUGGCUAUGGUGACGGGACGAUGUUGGCCAGGAAGAGCAUCAUCCCCGAGGAGUAUGUGCUGGCGCGCAUCGCGGCGGAGAACCUGCGCAAACCGCGCAUCCGGGACCGCCUCCCCAAGGCCCGCUUCAUCGCCAAGAGCGGGGCUUGCAACCUGGCGCACAAGAACAUCCGGGAACAAGGACGGUUUCUCCAGGACAUCUUCACCACCUUGGUGGACCUGAAAUGGCGCCACACCCUGGUCAUCUUUACCAUGUCGUUCCUCUGCAGCUGGCUGCUCUUCGCCAUCAUGUGGUGGCUGGUGGCCUUUGCCCACGGGGACAUCUAUGCUUACAUGGAGAAAAGCGGGAUGGAGAAAAGCGGCUUGGAGGCCACCGUGUGUGUGACUAACGUCAGGUCUUUCACCUCUGCCUUCCUCUUCUCCAUUGAAGUUCAAGUGACAAUUGGAUUUGGAGGGAGAAUGAUGACUGAGGAGUGCCCUCUGGCUAUCACAGUCCUGAUUCUACAGAACAUUGUGGGUUUGAUCAUCAAUGCGGUCAUGUUGGGCUGCAUUUUCAUGAAAACAGCCCAAGCUCAUCGAAGGGCAGAAACCUUGAUUUUCAGCCGCCACGCGGUAAUCGCUGUCCGAAAUGGCAAACUGUGUUUCAUGUUCCGCGUGGGGGACCUAAGGAAAAGCAUGAUCAUCAGCGCCUCUGUGCGUAUCCAAGUGGUCAAGAAAACCACAACCCCGGAAGGCGAGGUGGUACCUAUUCACCAACUGGACAUUCCUGUUGACAACCCCCUUGAGAGUAAUAACAUUUUCCUGGUGGCCCCUCUGAUCAUCUGCCAUGUGAUUGACAAGCGCAGCCCCUUGUAUGAUAUCUCGGCCACUGACCUGGCCAACCAAGACCUGGAGGUCAUCGUGAUUCUAGAAGGAGUGGUCGAAACUACUGGCAUUACUACACAAGCUAGAACCUCCUACAUUGCUGAGGAGAUCCAGUGGGGCCAUCGCUUCGUGUCCAUUGUGACCGAAGAGGAAGGCGUGUAUUCUGUGGAUUACUCCAAAUUCGGCAACACCGUGAAAGUAGCUGCUCCAAGGUGCAGUGCCCGAGAGCUGGACGAGAAGCCUUCCAUCCUUAUCCAGACCCUCCAGAAGAGUGAAUUGUCCCACCAGAAUUCUCUGAGGAAGCGCAAUUCCAUGAGAAGAAACAAUUCCAUGAGAAGGAACAAUUCCAUCCGCCGGAACAAUUCUUCCCUCAUGGUGCCCAAGGUGCAAUUUAUGACUCCAGAGGGAAAUCAGAACACUUCCGAAUCCUGACAGCAAGACAACAAAGAAAGUCUUUGAUCCGCUGUUGAAGAGUUUCUGCAGGGCAUGGACAGAUUGCACUGGAGCUGAAACACAAUAAUUUGUCCUUGUUUAUCUUAUUACACUAAAUAAUAUGCAUAUUCCAACAGCAGCACUUUCUGUGUCAAUAAAUGGUAACUCACA